AUGAUUGGCAUACGAUUGGUUUCUCCUUUAAGGAACAUUAGAUCAUUGGCGAACCCUUUGAGACAUGUGAGAUUCAAUACUACUGUAGUUAAACAAUUGAAGGAUCCCUUCACACCAGAACAAAGAGAAAGUGCCAGAUUAGCUAGACUUGCUAAUCUUGGAUGGUUGAGGCAUUUACCUGAAAAAUGGAUACCAUAUGCCGAAUUGUUAAGGUUAGAAAAACCUGUUGGAACUUCAUUAUUACUUGUUCCUUCUUUCUGGGCAAUCACAAUGGCAUCUUAUUCAAUUGCAGCUCCAUUGACAACAUUUCUUUACGCAACAUCAUUGUUUUCUGUGGGUGCUCUUGUUAUGAGAGGAGCGGGAUGUAUCAUAAAUGAUAUGUUAGAUAAGGAUCUCGACAACAAGGUUCUUAGAACUGUCGAAAGACCCAUAGCUAGUGGAAGAGUUUCUAGAAAUCAAGCCUUUACCUUUUUAGCUAGUCAAAUGUUUAUUGGUUUAGGAGUUUUAUUAUCAUUACCUUUUGAAUGUUUUUAUUUGGGUGCUUUGUCAUUACCUUUCAUUUCCUUAUAUCCAUUAUUCAAAAGAUUCACAUAUUAUCCUCAAGUAAUGAUAUCUAUAUGUUUUAGUUGGGGAUGCUUACUUGGAUUUCCUGCUGUAGGAGCUCCAUUAGAUUUAUCUAUUGCUGGACCUUUAUUCUUUUCAAAUUUUUGCUGGUCGAUGAUUUAUGAUUCAAUUUAUGCCCAUCAAGAUAAAGAAUUUGAUAAAACAGCCGGUGUCAAAUCUACUGCUUUAGUUUGGAAAGACAACACCAAAAAAAUUGUAAAUAGUAUAUUUGUAGUGCAAGCCUUAUCUUUCUUCACUGCAGGAUUCAUGGCUAAUAUGGGAUUAGGUUUCUAUUCAUUCGGAGCUUAUGGAUUCUACAGAUUAUUCAAUAGAAUCAAACAAACAGAUCUUGAUAAUCCUGCAAGUUGUUGGUUCUUCUUUACUGAUAAUGUCAAGACUGGUUUAUAUUUUUGGGCUGGAAUGUUGGUAGAUUACUUGAUGUUGUUAUUUAUUUGA